UCUACUCACCAAGAAACGGAAAUCCCCAAUGAAGAAGAACAAUCAAUACACGAGAGUCACGUGAUCUUUUGACGCAGACCAUCAUUGAGGCGUUCGUCUGUUCUAUUUCUUAAAGACUGGCAUUUUAACAUGGAGGUAGUAGUUCAACCACACGAGCGAGAGUGUGCUGUGUGCACCAAUGACUUCACCACACCAAAGAUUCUACCCUGUGGUCAUCUCCUGUGUCGACAAUGUGUCAUUUCCUGGAUGGACUCUAAAUCUGACGCUGGUUGUCCUCUGUGUACCUGUCCUAUAGUAGAGCAUCAAGGUAAUUCAUCUCAAAGUUCAGCUGAUGUUAUUGACGCCCUGCCUACAGACUCUGUGAUGGAAGCGAUAGUAGAAAGUUCUCGUGUGCUGGGAAAGGAUGACAUGUGCACUGUAUGUGAUGACGUCAGAGCUGAGUACAUCUGUAUGCAGUGCCUGGAAAAGAUGUGUCCAUCGUGUACUAAGAUACACAAGAAGAUGUUAGCUACCCGCAGUCACGAGGUGGAGAGUGUCAGCACUGUGACACCUGAACGUCUGGCUGCCAGCCGCCCUGCACUGUGUGCUGACCACGGCGACAAACAGGCGGAGGCAUUUUGCGCUGAUCAUCACCUUAGUAUCUGUGCAUCGUGUACCUCCAUCAAACACAGAACAUGUCUAGUUGUGAGAGAUAUCAACGACGAAAUGAAAGCGGCUGAAAAUGCACUUUGUGGUUUGACUGACCAGCUGGUUCAGGCCGAGUACAGUCUGAAGCAAGGUACAGAGCAGCUCGCCAUACGUCUUCAGAAGGUGGAGGACAUGGAACAAGAAGACAUGACACAGGUAGACAAGACAUGCGACAAACUUCAGAUCAUGGUGGAAAACUGUCGAAAAGAACUGAAAAAAAUGAUACAUGAUUCAAGUUUACAAGUGAAGAAUUCGUUAUUGGAAGUUAAACGAGAACUCGACAAACGUCUAGGGAAAGUGACGUCACACAGGAAUAUAGUGACGCGAGCUAGAGCUGUGGCGCCACGUGCGGGGCUAAUACACGUCACCCAGGCUCUGACAGACAGGGUCAACAGCCUUCACCUUAACGCCGAUGUAGAUGAACUGUCUUUGAUGACUCCACCUGAGAUAAGUGUGGAAUGCUACAACGAAUUGGAAAAAGCCAUAGAGAAUAAACUACAUCAAUUUCAACAACAACAACAACAACAACAACAACAACAACAACAACAACAACACACCAAACAAAAAGAGCAGCAAAGACAGGAAGUUAGCAUAUCAUUCAGAGCAAUCACCCAUGCCUACCUAAGUGACGAGUUGGACGCACAGCCACCAGUCCUUGUGUUCGACGACAACUGCGGAACCAACAUUCGUCUGACGAACGAUAACAGGACCGCGGAGAAGAUAAAUCAAGAUGACUUCCGUAACGGGGAGGUUGUGUCACGUGACGCUAUGGUGCCGAACGUCUUGUAUGAGGUCAGAGUGGACGCAGCAUCAUAUAAGAACAACAAGUUAACAUUGGGAGUGACAAGAAUUUCUCCUGCACGUCUCCCUGUGACAGAGUUGUCUGUAGACCUUAAUGAUACUAUUAUCAUCUCGUGCGGUGCGGUCCUCUACCAGGAAGAAUUUGCGUUGACCACGCUCGGAAAAGGUCUCGAGAGACUUGAAGUCGGGAGUCGAGUUGGGUUACUGGUGGACUCAUCAAACUACCUUCACCUCUACAUUAACGGACUGGACCAAGGUGUUGUUAAGCGUUUCACACCGCCCUGUUUUGCCAUCUUUAAUAUCUUCAGUUCAAUAACAAAGGUGACAGCCCUUCCUACAUCUACGAUGACAUAAGAAAUAUCAGAGAAGAAGGCUGAGACAGUAAAUGAUGUUCAUGUGUAAGUUACUGUUCACCUACAGUUAAAAUGUAGUUAAACCGAUCCACUCUUCUGUCCAGUUCCUCUCACUCGGUAACAAAGAUGUUGACGAUAGUAGCAGCCGACAGAUGUUUUGUACAACAGCGGAAAAGGUGGAAGAGUCACACACAUACAGACUGUGCUGGACUCUUUCAGGAAUACGGUCUCGAUUUAAUUAAUUUCCUCUGUUUCUGCUGUCCACUAACUAAAGUUAUUACUCACAUUUAAAUGAUUUUGUCAGACUUUGGAAUUCUGUUUGAUUCUAUCUAAGGUUUAAAGCGUGUUGCUCAUACAAGAUGAUUCGCUGUAAUCAUCAACAAGUAUGUACUGCGCAUGCGCUGAAUAAUUCAUUUUUUUAGGGUUACUGGAUUUCUAUUGUACUUAUUAGUUUUUCAAUAUACAUUGUGUUUUAACCUGUUAAUAGCCUUGUCAAUAUUACUAAAAUAUGUACAAUUCAGUUGUGUAUUUGUUCAAUAUAAUACAAAGCAAACGCUGUCCUGCGGUUAGGUAGAAAGAAGCUGUCAACUCCCCGAUACUUUGUCAGUGUAUUACUCUUUUACUAACAGUCCUGUUCUCUGUUCUUCAUACAACUGACCGAGCCAAACAAUGAGAGAUGACAUAAGAUUGUUGCACAUCUGUGUCCAGCCAUUUCUGUUUGGUGCCUAAUUAUCCUGUGGGGCCACACUCAUGGUGAUGUGUAACACUGCUUUUCAAAGUUCAGCUUUUUCUUUAAAUGAAUCAAACACAAAAAUAGACUAGAAACAUGGAAGGAGCGAGAUGCAGGAUAACACGAAACGCAUCUUGUUACCAGAACAUGGCAGGUGGUGUGAGCUUCUUCAUAACUAACACAUACACGGAAUGUACCGGUGUGUUCACACACUUGUAUACUGACCUUGUAACGAUAAGUAUCCGCUAAAUAAUUAUUCUACUUCUCCAAGGAAUUCAGCCCCAUUAUACCAGUGGGCUCAUAUUUAUAUACAGUAUAGACCUGAAGGACACACACCAACCUGUUUGAUGUAUGUGUGGAACAGCGAACAUCCAUAAGCCUAAUCAGGUGUGAAAUGGGUACCUGGCUCCUUAGGGGCUGUGGACAUAAGGCGAUGAUGUACACGGGGUGGGCGCCGCCUCAAAAAAACCAGAGAUAAGAGCUGUAACACCUUACUUCACUACAACUGUUAACAUUAUGUAAUUACCUUUGCUUCUUACUACACAUUUGUCAUCAAGUCUUGAAUUGUUGCAUGUAAUAAAGAUUUGAUUGAAAUG